AUGGCUACGCCUGCAUCAAUCCCGUCCGACCCUCGCCGGGACACAGUUGUGCGAAUCAACCGUAAGACCCGCGGAGGCCGUCAUCUCUGGUAUCAGCUUUCGGUUCUGCAACAACCCGAGCGUGCUCGAGCAUGCGGUGCUGGUAAUAAGGCCAACAGUGACCGGCGCCCUGUUGACCCUCCGCCCGUUGUUGAGCUGAGGAUUCGUCAUGGUGACUCGUGGGAACGGGGCAAGGACAUUACAUUCGACUACAAUGCGAGCUUCUUCCUAUACGCCAGUCUGGAGCAAUAUAGAAAGAUAUCUUCGGGGCGCAUGGGGACGCAGCAACCUCCAAUCUUGACCGGCGUGCCAGCUUCUGGCAUGGCCUACCUCGAUCGCCCAACCGCAGCCGGUUACUUCAUCUUCCCCGAUCUUUCCGUCCGCCACGAAGGCCAGUAUCGCCUCUCUUUCAGCCUUUUCGAGACGACCAAGGAGGAGAUAGACUUUGAUCUCGAUCCUUCCCAGGGCGACCUGCCCCCCGGAGUGGAUUGGCGCAUGGAAAUCAAGACGAACCCUUUCGACGUGUUCAGUGCGAAGAAGUUCCCCGGUCUGAUGGAAAGCACGGCUUUGAGCAAGGAAGUCGCCGAUCAAGGGUGCCGCGUGCGAAUCCGCCGUGACGUGAGGAUGAGGAAGCGGGAAACGAAGCCCAGGGACCAUGAUCGUCGGGACGACGACUACUCCCGGCGAAGGAACCCUACACCCGCCAACGAGGAUCCUCACAUCGCACGGGCCCGUUCGAUGAGCAAUUCGAGUGACCAGCAACACGGCCCAUAUGCUCCCGACCGACCUCGAAGACCGUCUGCAAUUGAUACUGCGUAUCCCCAACCUAUCCAGCCAGCGUACGAAGCACCGUCUAACCGCCAUCUCUCCUUCGGUGGCGACAACGGCGGCCCUCAGUAUGCUGCGCCUCCUCGCGGAUAUUCUCACCACCAUCCACCGCCAUUGGCGCCGAUGUCUCCAAGCGGGCCUUACACGCCUAGCUCCCAAUAUGCAAAGCCGGAAUCCCAACAAUCGUCUCAUCCUCCAAGCCGAAAUGGGCCACCAACUUGUCAAUCCCCUGCAGUUGGACCUGGCAGCCAUGAUCGCCGACCUUCUGGCAACUACAUUCCACCAUCCCCGUCGGUCUACUCAUCUGAAGGUCAUGUUCGCCAUGAUUCUCAACACUCCUCGUAUCCUCCUACGCCUGUGUCCCGGCAUCCGCCCAGCGCGAUGUUUGGUCCACAAUCUCACCCUCAAGCUCCUCAGACCCAAACAGCUCCACGGACAUCCUCAGGUUCCAUCAAGAUUGCGCAUUUACUAUCGAGCGAUGGUUCAUCCUCGUCUGAACCUCAACUCCAACCGCGACGGAUUGAGCCAGCUCCACAACCACGCCACAUCGAGCCAGCUCCUCAACUACGGCACAUCGAGCCAGCUCCUCAACCACGCCAUAUUGAGCCCGCUUACCAACCGCGGCGUAUUGAGCCUGCUCCGCGCCCGCUCUUGCCCUCCUUGGCACCAGGCGAGAUGAUGCAGCCAUAUAGAAGUGAUUCUGCUUUGCCACCAAUUCGGACGGACCACAGCUACUACCCACGUCCAUCUCUGACGGGUGAGAAACGGAAACGUGACGAAGUCUUUAAUGAAAGCGCUCAACCCUUGCAUAAUAGAGAGCGACCAGAUGAUCAUCGCGCUCGCGGUGUGCAUGAUGACUUACCAACCGACACACGUGAACAAGGAUUUUACUGGAGGGCUGAUGGCACUGUCGGCGAGGCGAGAUUCAAGCCUUAUCCACUAGAAAUUGGCUGGCGUCAAUAA